GAGAAGCAAGAUUCCGCACGACUGGUCGCUGCAAUUGGCCGCAAAAAGGGUCUUAAUUCGUUUGUGAAUCGUUGGAAUUAGUGUUUAAUUGUGUACAGCAGCUCCGAGAGAGGAUUCACGAUGAAAGUGAAGGAGCUGCAGAAGAUGGUGAACGUGGCGUGGUCGCCGGCGCAGCAAAGCUCGGUAAUGCUGGCUGCCGGAACGGCCGCUCAGCAGCUGGACGCCUCGUUCAACACAGCGGCCGCGCUGGAGGUAUACUCGAUCAAUCUGGCCGAUCCGAGCUACGAUCUGGAGCUGAAGGGAAGCCAACCGAGUGCACAUCGCUUCCAGAAAUUGCUAUGGUCACCGCUGGUCGGUGGGGCCGGAGAUCCCGGUACCACACCGAGUGGCCUGAUAACGGGUGGUUGCGAGAGUGGUGUGCUACAAGUGUACAACGUGGCACAGCUGCUGGCAGGUCAGAACGCUUUGGUGGCUCAGCAGGAAAAACAUCAGGGUGCCGUCCGAAGCCUGGACUACAAUCCGUUCCAGUACAAUCUGGUGGCUAGCGGUGCUUCCGAGUCGGAAAUAUUCAUCUGGGAUCUGAAUAAUACCGCCAAACCGAUGAGCCCGGGGGCGAAGGUGGCCCCGCUGGAAGAUGUGCAGGGAUUGGCGUGGAACCGGCAGGUGCAACACAUCCUGGCGUCGGUGUUCUCCUCCCGUUGCGUCAUCUGGGACCUGCGCAAAAACGAACCGAUCAUUAAGCUGAGCGACACACAGUCCCGCAUUCGAUGGCGAGUCGCUCAGUGGCAUCCGGAUGUGGCCACACAGCUAUGGCUCGCUAGUGAGGAAGACCAAUCGCCCACGGUGCAGCUGUGGGAUCUCCGGUACGCGACGGCACCGGCCAAAACGUUCCACAUUCACCAACGGGGCGUGCUGGGACUGACGUGGUGCCCUAAGGAUCAUGAUCUGGUCGCUUCCUGUGGCAAGGACAAUCGGAUCAUUUGCUGGAACCAAAACACGGACGAUCCGAACGGAGAGAUUCUGUCCGAAAUUGCUACCACCAACCAGUGGAACUUUGAUGUGGCCUGGUGCCCCCGUAAUCCGGCCUUACUUGCCGGUUCGAGCUUCGAUGGCAACGUAAGCAUCUACUCGAUCCACGGUGGCGUCCAUCAGCAGGUGCAGACGAGCAACAAAAUUGCCGAUUCGUUCCCCGGCAUGGCGAACAUUGGACAUGAGCCGAUGCAGCAGGUUCCGGCUCAAUCGCUAACCGAAUCAAACGAUCUUAAGCGCCCUCCGCGCUGGAUGCGGAGGCCAGUUGGUGCAUGUUUCGGGUUCGGAGGAAAAUUAGUCACAUUCAAUGGUAACGAUCGUACGGUGCGCGUGAACCAGGUUGUUACCGAUCCGGAGUUGGUCGAGCGCUCGAACCAACUCGAACAGGUGCUGGCCGAGGGCAAUUUCGUCGAGUAUUGUCGCCAGAAGGCGGACCAAACGAACGAUCAGCAUUCCCGGUUGCUGUGGUACUUCUUGAAGGCCAACUUUGAGGGUGAUCCACAUGCAGAGAUGCUCAAUUUGCUCGGAUACCAAGCAGAGGAUGUGGCAGAUAAGUUUAAAAAGUAUGUCGUCGAAUCGGAACCUCCCGGUGAGCAGAACCCAGUCGAUGGGCUUAGCGAUCAAAUGGCCGGAUUGAGUCGAAUUACCGAUAACAAUGCAGUUUUUGACGCCAUUAGUGCUGUCAACGGAGGCCAACAGGUUGAUGCCGAGGUGCGCCAGAUGAAUGGUAAACCGGAACAGAUACCGUACAAGAUUCGCACCGGUCAGGACAGUGAAGGGUUGAUCUGUGAGGCGUUGCUGACCGGUAACCUGGAGGCGGCAGUCGAGCUGUGUAUGCAGGCCGGAAAGACGAGUGAGGCGUUGAUACUUGCCAUGAAUGGUGGAUCUGAUCUCCUAGCAAAGGUGCAGUACCGUUAUCUGAAGAACCAUGAGAACUAUCUUUCGAACAUCAUCUCCGCGCUCGUGACAUGUGAUUGGACCGGCGUCGUGACGCAGUGUACGGUCGACUCGUGGAAGGAAGCAUUGGUGGCGGCCAUCACGCACUGCAAGGGACAACUGCCACUGCUCUGCGAGCGGUUGGGUGAGCGGCUCCAGAAAGAAGCUGGCAGUAACGGUGAGCUUGCACGGAAUGCCAUCCUGUGCUAUAUUUGUGCCGGAAGCACGGAGCGAUUGGUGGAGGCGUGGAACCUCUCGAAGGGAACGGGGGUAGACGUUGGUGUCGGUGGUGAAGACGAAUUGGAUAAGAAUAAUAAUAGCAACCGGGAUCUGCAGGAGCUCGUUGAGGUGUCGAUGUUACUGCAGAAAGCGCUCGAACGCCAAGGUCGCUCGUCGCAGGCCGUUGGUAAGCUGGCGGAUUUGUUGUCCCAAUACGCGAGCUUAUUGGCCGCGCAAGGAUCACUUCCUUCGGCACUGACGUACUUGGGAAAUUCGACCGAUCCCGAGAUGGAGGAGCUUCGUGAGCGGCUUUACUACGCGCUUGGCCAUAAGAGUUACGCCCCUGCCCCGGUGUACGGUGGAGGUGCGGGAAGUGCAAGACCUGGCUACAACAAUGCAACUGGUCUCGGUGGCGUGGGGCAACAACCCCCUCCAUUUAAUCCAAUGUUCCCAACGAUUGGACAGGCGGCCAAGAUGAAGUCCGCCUAUGGGCAGCCGGCGCCACCGAUGGUACCCACACCCGUCCCCGUUCCGACACUCAAUUCGACCCUGGCGCAACCUGGAUGGAACACGUCUCCCUUCCAACCGCCUGCAGCAUCGGUUCCUCCUCCAGCUGUGCAGCCUCCAAUGGCAGCCUCGAAGCCACCGAUGGGACCGCCUCCGGGCAAUAGUCUUCCAGCGGACCCAGCGCAACCACCACGCCCCUCCAGCGUCAGUUCGCAAUCCGGUGGACCAACUCUUGGACGCGCGAAGUACGUUCUCGACCCAUCGGUCACAUCCGGACCAAACUAUGGUCAAACCAGCUCGAACUUUUACAACCCCGUGGCCUACCAGCAGCCGCAACCUUCCACCGCUCCCGGAGGCCCGUUCAACAGUGCACCCGUCAUGAACCAGCCUGCACAGGCGGGCCAGAAUCAACCGUCGUUCUACAACCCUUUGCAACCCGCUGGUGGGGUAGGAGUUCCUCCGACUGCUUCCCAACCGAACCAACCGAAUGCUUACAAACCGUUCACACCAGCCCCACUCGUCCAGCCUUCGCCGUACAUUCCGGACCUGUCGGCGGGCUACGGUCCGCCACCUUCGGCCGCUGCCGGCCCUCCACCACUUGCCAACGUUCAGCGCAACCCAACGCCACCACCGGGAUGGAACGAUCCGCCCGCGUUGAAGAGCUCCUCCCGGCCACAACUUAAGGCGGAACCGCAACCGAUGGCCCCGAUAACAUCGCCACUUCCGGCCGGGCUCGCGCCAUCGAACGGCUACCCGGACCCGAACAGUAACUACAUGCAGCCGGGAGGAGGCGGCCAGUACAUGCAACCGCAGGUACCGUCCAUGUACAACCCGUCGAUGUCAGGCGGUGGUCCCCAGCCGUCGAUGCCACCGGCGCCGAUGUCUGCCAACGCGAAUACGAUCAACUAUCAGAACUUCCAGCAGACGGCUCCGGGAGCUGCUCCUCCGAGCGCCGCACCGGGACAGCUGGGUGGCCCGCACGGAAGCGUGUUCUAUCCGGGACAGGGUCAGCAGCAGGACGGUGGUAGCUACGUGCAGCAGCAAAACGCGUACCAACCACCGGCACCGGAACCACCGAAACAGAAGCCACCGCUUCCGGAGCAGUACGUAUUCAUGCAGACAGUAUUCGAGGAGCUGAAGAAGCAGUGCGUAGCCUCGGCGGGUAAUCCGCAAACCAAACGAAAGCUGGAGGAUGUCUCGAAACGGUUGGAAUCUUUGUACGAUCUUCUGCGGGAGAAUAGGCUAUCGCAAAAUACCCUCAACUCGCUGAACCAACUGGUGGCCCUGAUCCAGGCCGGCGAUUACGCCAACGGUAUUGGCUUGCACACGCAGAUGGUGUCCGGGUCCGACUUUGCGCAGAUUGCCAGCUUUAUGCCGGGCAUCAAGGUGCUGCUGCAGUCAGCGAUGCAGUUGCAGGUCUAUCUGCGAUAAUCAACUGACCGAUCGAACGACCGACCGACCGAUCGUGUCGCGUGUGACUAAAAUUGUUAGGCUAAACAGAAUGUUGUUAGGUGGGCAAAAACCAAACACGCAUUCAUUUGGAUCUAUUUCGAAGUGGAUGGAAAGGUGUAUAACUCUAGCAGAAUGUGCUGACGAUAAGCAGGAUUAUUUGAAGGACGAGUGCGCAAUAUAGGCCCGUAUCAAUACGUGUAUAACCGUGGUUAACUUCAGUUUUUGAUAACAAAUCAAUAAAAAUAAAAGUAUCUAUUUACAUCUCUAGCA